ACUGUAGUUUUCUUGGGUUUUCCUUUUCGACGACACUGCUCGAAACUGACACAUGCAACCGAGAUGGUAAAAAGAGGUAUUGACAUAUACACAUGUAGACUUGGUCAUGUAGAUACAGAACAAGACAUACAGACAGAGAGAGAAAUCAAUCGAGUCUCGACAGUGAUAUUUGACAAACGAGAGAGUGGAGCGAAAGCAAACACCAACUGCUACUCCUACCCCACACUCGGGAAAACUCCACAACCACUGUUUUCUCUACUGUUUUACCUCUCAGAAUUCUUAGUUUCAAGCUCAAUGCUCUUUAAUCCUUUAAAGUAGAAAGCCUCAAACUUUGUUCUACAAGCUUUUCCAUGCUUCUUCUUUUGACCAUUUCAUGACUUUUCUCUUUCUGGGUUUUAGAGAUGUCAGCUGUUGAUGAGAGUCUGACCCACCAUAAUGAUAUAGAGCCUGAUCAAGAGCGCCACCACCACCACCAACAUCAUCAUCGUCGUUUUCGUCGUCCUCCUGUUGUAGCAGGAGGAGGCAGUGAGGUGUCACUCUCCGACGACGAUUCCGACGACCAGUCUUGGCACUCGCGGUUCGGGUCCGGGGCCGGAGGUCGAUCCCAGUUUUCUAGUGACAUCGAAGGUUUGACUGACCUUCAAAGAAGCUCGUCUGACUGGGAGGUUGAUUUGGAAAGUGGAACCUUAGAGAUGAAAGUGCAUUUUGGUAAGGUGGAAAGAAGAGAUUGCAGAAUUUGUCACUUGGGUUUGGAGAGCGAAAGCUCAGAUUGUGGUGCUCCGAUUGAGUUGGGUUGCUCUUGCAAGGGUGAUUUGGGCUCUGCUCACAAGCAUUGUGCCGAUACUUGGUUCAAGAUCAAGGGCGACACAACCUGUGAGAUCUGUGGUGUCAUUGCCCUAAACAUAGCCGGCGAAAGGACAAACGAGGCAAAUGCUACUACUGUGACAGCUCCAUCGAUAACGAUGACGGCCGGAGCUCCUGUGAUCCUUGUAGAGACCAUCUGGCAUGGCCGCCGGAUAAUGAAUUUCCUGCUUGCCUGCAUGGUUCUUGCCUUUGUUACUUCCUGGCUUUUUCACUUCAAAAUUCUUUGAUGAAUCCCCAUGAUUAGUCGUAAGCCUUACUGUAUCAUCCGUUUUUUUUUUCUUUUUUCAUUAUAAUUUUUAAUGAUACAAUGUUGGUUGAGUUAGAAUCAAGUUUAUUGUCGUUUAUAAUAUAGAAAGCUUCCAUGGUUCCAAUGCCAGUCUGAAUCUAUUACAAGGUCAGAAAUUUUUUGGCCAAGUAGGUAAACCAUCGUCGGUAUUUUCAGUACAAGACACAACAUGUAAUUAGAUAUUAGUGGACCCAUUAUCCACCCGGAAUGCACUCAAUGGUGUCGGUAAAUUGGAUUCUUCGAUAAGACUGAAAAAAAAUAAUGUGAUAUCAAUCCAGUUGCCUUAUC